UUACACAUUUUUACAAUUUUUCAACAUUUCAACAACAAAAAACAAAAACUCUGCAUUAACCCCUGGUGGAAAUGCAUAUACCCUUUCACAAACUCCCACAACGCAGGAUAGUCAAAACAAUUCAGGUUAUAUGGUUGAUAAAUCUACUGUCUCUAGUGUUGAUAAUACACACAUCGAUUUUUCUUCUGCAACUUAUUCAAAAAAUAGGGACAUAACUCAGGCAUCUACGAGUUUUCGAAAUACAAUAAGUACUUUGAAAAACAAAUUAAACACUGGUGCUAUUACAAAUACUUUCAAAACAGAUAUGCGCUCUCAUUCAUAUGAUAAUACAUUUCCUGCUAUUUCAGAACCAAGUACAGCAACUGCAUCAAACAAUGAAGGUACAGAAUAUUCAAUCCCGACAACAAAGUUCACAAGCUCUUUAGCUUAUGUUACGGAAUCGACGCCAUCCAGACAGACGACAGAUUCAAAACGUUCAUUACCAGCUGACAUGACAACUCAACCGUCUGCAGAUUUUUCUACAGCAACAAGUACAAAUGACAUACUUAUAUCAGACUCUAAAACAACAUCCAUAGAUAAGGAAUCCACAACAAAGAUGUCAACCUUAGAGUCAUUAAAAGUCACAACAAGUAAUUUACAAACUACCAUUACAACAUCGAAUUCAGAUGUUGAGUUAAGCACAAGUUCACACAGUGAAGGCAUUAAAACAACGGGCUUGGAAAUAUCAACGUUUGAUACUAAUAAUGGAUAUAGAUCAAGCACAGUAAAAGAAGAUGUUUCUUCUGGUUUUCCAUUACGUACUGAAAAUACUGAAACUGUUGUAAGCAAUUCGAUUACAACCGAUAUUGGUAGAGUAACUAAAACGUACAGUACAGAGGAUGUUCCCUCUUCGGCGUCAAUUUCCACUAGACGUUUAUAUACAUACACAACUGAUGGUUUGACUGAUAUAUCCGCAUCUGAGACUUUAUCAACUAAAGAAUCAGUUAAGGACAUUUCACUAGAUAGAGAAAGUUCGACUCCUGAUUUUAGUACUUCUCAAACAAAGAGUGAGACAGCUGAAAUGUCAUACACACCUCCCGUUGGAACAUCUUUUGUAUCAUUUGCUUCUAAAAUGACAUCUGAAGAUGCUUCUUUUGUCUUCACAGGUACAGAAAUAACUGCUGCAGUCGUGACAUCAGACACAGAAAUGUCAUCAGGCGUUACCGUUGCCCUUACACAUAGUUCUGAGAAAGAAUCUGCACCUGUAAGUUCAACAGCAAUUAUAACGGUCCCUCAUGAUGUGCCAUUGACAACGCAAGGUUAUAAGGAAUCAGAGGCGGCAACUACAAAGUCAGUUUCAGAGGUACCCUCUACAGAGGAGAUGUCUACAAAGUUUGUUACUGACUUAAAGUCGACAAAGGUUGUACCGUCCCAAAAGUCGUUGACAACAUCUUCAACGUCUGAUGUAACGUCUCAGGAAAUGGUAGUUACAACUUUAGAUACAGAUUCACCGACCCCGGUGAAGAUUGCUACACCAUCGGAUGUUGAAAUGUUAUCUCCUGAAAUGAAAUCUACAACAUCAAAAACUGAAGUGCCUUCUCCAAAUAUAGUAUCAACAACGUCAUAUACCGAGGUUUCCUCUACAGAAGUGGUGUCUUCAAAGUCAAAUUAUGAAUUAACGUCACUAGAGGAAGUAAUAACUAAGACGACAACAGAUGAAGAAGUUUUGAUUACAGCGUCAGAUACUGAGUUUCUGUCUACAGAGGUGAUGGCUACAAAAACAGAAACCGAGGCGCCGUCAAAGACAGUGCAGACUGGAACACCAGAGAUGAUGAUUCACACUACAUCAAGUACUGAAGUUUCAUGGGCUGUUAGUACUCCAAAUGCCAAAGCAUUUUCCACAGAUGUAUCUGCUUCAAGUGUAAAGGAUAAAACAAUAGUUGGCGCAACUUCUCCAUCGGUUCAAACAACACAUAUGUACGAACAGUAUGUAUCGGGUACAAAAUCAAAGGCUGAUGGUGCCUUAACAAGUAUAACGGCAAAGCCUACAUUAUUGUCUGACACACCUUCUUUAGAUCAAGCUGUUUCGACAUCAAGUAGUACGUCGCAUAUAGGGUCAAGCACAAGUGCAUCUUCUCUAGAUACAACCGAUACAACUUUAGGCACUGGUGCAGUCUCUUCAGAAAUAACAACUACGCGCACUGGUCUGUCAUCGGAAAUAACAUUUACAGCGGCGGAUUUGAAAUUUGCAACAGACAAAACCUUCUUAAAAUCAAGUACGGAACAGCCUAAUGGGAGUGAUUAUUCUUCAAUAUACAAUACUCAUACUCAUGUAGCAGAUAUAACAGAUGGAAAACCGAGCAUUGAGGCGACGACUGAUGUCACAGGUUCCAGUAAAACUAGUGACAUGCCUUCUGCAGUCUUUGCAGCUUCAACAUUUGCUAAAGAGACUCUCCUCCCAGAAACAACGGUUUCUGAAGAAACAUCUGCUGAAAUGGAGUCUGCAUUACCAAAUACGAAAACAUCGUCUGUAGAAUUGAAGACUGCAACAUCUAUUAGUAAGACGAAUUCCCAAAAGGUGGAAAGUACAACAUCUACUACAAUUGCAUCUUCCCAGGAAAUGGAGACUACUCCCUUAAUAAGUAAAACUCACUCUGAAGAAGGGAAACCUACAACAUCAAUGGAACAGACAACUCAUAAGGUUGAAGGUACAAUGUUUACUACUGAAGAACAUUCAACGAAAGUUGAGGAUACAACGUCUUUCAAACCAGUAUCAUCUUCGGGUCUAGAGGGAACCACUUUAAUUAGUGACACACCUCCCAGAGUGACAAGUGAUGAACAAUCAAUUACUCAUACAUCCACUGACAAUAUGUAUACUACAACGUUUGUUACUGACACACGGUCUAUGAAAAUUGAGGAUACAGUAGCAGUUAUUCAAGCAACUUCACAAGGGUUAGAAUUGAGAACAUCGUCAACCCAUACCACUUCUCCGGAGGACGCUUCAUUGUCAAUAAGUAAGACAUCUUCACAUGCGACUAGUGAUGUGUCUUCUUUACAUAUUGUUUCUACAUCAACAAAGCCGUCUUCUGAAAAGGUGGAAGCUACAGUAUCCGUUGUGAAAGUUUCAACUUUUCCUGAUGUAACUGCUGUGUCAACUCAUAACGCAUCUGUAACAUCUGGUACUGAAACAUCUUUGCCACAGGUGACAACUACUAAGUCAUCGUAUGAAACAUUACAAACUGAGAUGACUUCUAUAGAAAAUGACAUGGCAACAUCAGCUAAUCCUAAGACAAGUUCUAAGAUUUCAACAACAACAUCAAUGAUUCAUAAACCGUCUUCAAGUGCAGAGGCUACCUCAACAGAUAUUGCAACUACAGUAUUAAGAAAUGAAUUAACUUCCUCGGAAGUUACACCUAUAACACCAAACACCGAGACAUUUUCUCAAAAAGCAGUGGCUACAACUGCAACCACUAUGUCAGUUCCCAAUUUUUCACUUGUAACACUUAGUGAAACAUCUUCCCAAGACGUGUCUGCGACAACUUCGAGAACUCCGAUGCCAUAUACUGAGUUUUCAUCUACGACAGCAAACCUUUUUUCAGCUUCAUCAGAUAUGUCAGCUAUUUCAUCAAAUACUGAGCAACAUUCUUCACAUAAAUCUGGCGGAACAACAAAUGGUAUGGUAUUUUCAGAAAGUACAUCUUCAACAGCUAAUGUGGAAGUUCCAUUAACCUCUGAGGCAAUUUUAAAAGAGACAUCUACAAAUGAAAAACCUAAUACUAAAAUAUUUAUAACAACACCCAGUACUGUAUCCAUUUCCCCAGAAGUAACAGUUAGUGCGACAAACACUAAAACAAAUGUUCUUUCAUCAGAAGUAACUACAAAAUCCAAAAUUGAUGUGUCUUCUUCUGAGGGAACGGUUACAACGGCGGAGACUUCAUUGGGCGAAACUGCGACAAAUAAAGAAUUACUAUCCUCUGAGGCUGCGUAUAAAACAUCAACUACUAAAGCACAUGAAACUGAGACGCAAACUACAAGUACUAAUAUGCUGUCUACAGUAGAAAGUAGUGAUGGAAUAUCUCAUACAGAGGUUACCAUCAUAGAAUCAAACACUGUGAAAACACAACCAGAUACAUCUAAAACAACUAGUGCCGAGUUGUUGUCACAAGAUGUCACUUCUUCAUUACAUGGUACUAGUGCGCCUUCUAUUAUGAGUAUGACAACGCCAUCUACUGAGAGGUCUUCUGACCAUUUGACGAAUACAAUACAAAGUACUGUCAUACCUCAAAGCCUGAAGACAACAUUGGGGACAGUAACGCCCUUCCAGGAGACUUUUCUGUCGUCUUCCGACGAACAAGUGACAUCAUUUAGUAAGACAACAUUCAAAGAUAUUUCCGAAUCAAUUCAUAGUACAGAAGAUUUAGGUGUUAUUUCAACAGUUUAUGAAAUGGUUACCAAUUCCGAAAAGGAAACACAAACAACGUCAAUACCUGAAAUAGUGUCUUCUUCUGAGGGAACGGUUACAACGGCGGAGACUUCAUUGGGCGAAACCGUGACAAAUAAAGAAUUACUAUCCUCUGAGGCUGCGUAUAAAACAUCAACUACUAAAGCACUUGAAACUGAGACGCAAACUGCAAGUACUAAUAUGCUGUCUACAGUAGAAAGUAGUGAUGGAAUAUCUCAUACAGAGGUUACCAUCAUAGAAUCAAACACUGUGAAAACACAACCAGAUACAUCUAAAACAACUAGUGCUGUAACAUCAACUUUUGAAAUAUCCGAAGAUGGGAAAAGUGUUACAUCAGUUGGUGAGGUAUCAUCUACACUACAUUUUCAAACUCCAUCUGAUGAGAUGUCACAAACCAAAUCUAGUGUAUCAUCAAGUGAUUACGCUUCUGACAAAUAUAUAUCCUCAGGUUUGUCAUUUAGUACGGAGACGUUCAUUGAAAACAUGCAAUCGUCUCUAGAUCACACAUCAACGCAUUCCAAAAAGACAGAUUCAGUUGUUACAACUGAAACGACCACAGUGGGUUCCAUAUCAGUAGACAAGUCCACUGUUACAGCACACACAAAAGAGAAAACUACCGGGACACCUGUAACAAUACAGUCACAAGGCAAAACCACUUCUGUACAAAAUUCAAAAACAGAUGUAUAUAAUACAACGGCUUUAUCCUCAAUCACGAAUAAAAUAUUAACAGAUGACAUUACGACAAAUGAAUCUUCAGUAACUACAGUAGAACACACAACCAUGAUGUCAACAAGAACAGAUGAUAACACGACAACGUCAAAUAGUUCAAACAUGAUAAAAGGAAGUACAGGAAAAGUAAUAAGUACUGCACCCACUGAAACAUCAGCUAGUAAGAUGACAGUCACAGAUUCAGGGACUACAAGAGAUACAGAGACUAUAAAUAUAUCACAGGGUACUGCAAAAACCAGCGCAGAUACUGUGCUUACGACAGAAGAGGAUUCGUUUGUCUCUUCCGAGAUCACAACGAAGACAACAGAAAAAACUACUUCUACCACUACAGAGACCAGUCAAACAGCUGAUAAUACUUCUUCAAUUCAUAACACAACAAAGGCAAAAGAACGUACAACUCCUUCUAUUUCUGAGACAAGACAAACACAAGAUGAUACGGUUUUGACAACUUUCCACUCAACGAUUACAACAGAACAUACAAGUUCAAUGACUUCUGACCCUAAUCAGACAACAAAUGACACGACUGUUUCAAAUUCCCACAUUACACAAACAAAUGAUAUACCUUCAACUACCUCCUACGCCAAGGAAACUACAUAUGAUGCCACGUCUACAACUUCCGACACUGUUUUAACAACAGAAAAUACAACUUCUACGACUUCAAAAAUAAUUAAAACUACAGCAGACACGUCUUCCAUUUCAAUGACCACACAAACAACAGUGGAUAUCUCAAAAACGUCUGACAGCACACCAACAAAUUUAUACACAAUGAUUAGGUCAACCGCCUUAACAAAGCAAAAUACUACAAUUUAUGGAACAACACCAGAAGGAACGCAACAAGAAACCACUGCUAUUACAACCACUGAUGUUACAGAAGAUCAGAAAAUAACCACAGACAGGACAACAAUCACUGAUAAAUACCUUACUACUACAGAAGACAUAUUUAAUAUGUCAGGUAUUACUGAUACGACUUCAAACGAUAUAUCAACUGAGUUAUAUACAAUACCGAAGGUUAAAACAACAACUGACAAAAGUAGUGUGGCCACAGUAGAUACAUCAACAUUGCAAAAUCUGGCACAUUUGUCGACGGUAGAAGAGGCGAAUUGGAAAACUACAGAAAAUACGGUUUAUAAAAGUACUACUCCGACCAAUAACGGAUUGGUAACAGAUUCGGGAAGUGAAGUAUCUAAAACAGAAUACCAAGGACAGAUUGUAACAGAUGAAGAAUGGGAUGAUAACCUUGAUGAUCCUAAUUCACAAGCAUUUAAGGAUAAAGCUGAACACAUAAGGCAAUUUCUAAUGAUGCUUUUCGCCAAUUCCGACUUAGCAGGACUCAUAGAUGAUAUCAUUAUAACAGGUUUCGAACCUGGCAGUAUAAUAGUACGGUUUGACGUCAUAGUGAUUAAUGUAGAAUAUGAUGCGUCAACUAUGAAGACGAAGCUCAACCAAGGGUAUCAUGCCGUCAGUAAUCCUGGAUACGUUAUUAAAGACCAAGAGACUUCCUUUAUAGAACAAGGAUCGAGAACGACCUCUGCUGAAGAUGUUGUUACAACUCCACCUUUAACAACACCUUACAUUGAUCCAUGCUUGUCUGCUCCAUGUCCAGGAAACAGUAAUUGUUCCAGUGCUGGACACGAUUAUACUUGUAUUUGCCAUCCUGGAUACAUCUGGGAUGUUGGCACUUGUAAGGACAUUGAUGAGUGCACGAAUUACCUUUGUACACCGUAUUCCAUUUGUAAUAAUACAAUAGGGAGUUAUACAUGUACAUGCAGAGAAGGAUUCUACCAAGAAAAUGACAUAUGUGAAGAUGUGGAUGAGUGUUUGACGGCAGAUAUAUGCACAAGUAAUUCUUCUUGUUUGAACACUGUCGGAAGUUACAAAUGUAUGUGCGAUGAAGGCUUCAAGAAAACCAGUGUUGAGCUCUGUGAAGAUAUCAAUGAGUGUUUAGACUACGCUUGUCCAAGUCAUGCUUAUUGCAACAAUACCGUUGGCAGUUUUACCUGUACCUGUGAAGAAGGCUUCUAUGAGUCUAGUGGCGCAUGUCUAGAUAUAAAUGAAUGUUCAGACCCAGAAGUCUGCCAUAACCAUUCCACAUGUGUUAAUAUAGAUGGUGGAUUCUACUGUGUUUGUCAUCAGGGAUAUCAAAAGAUAGGUGGUGUAUGUACAGACAUAAAUGAAUGUUUGCAAGACGUGUGUCCUCCUGAUUCAACUUGUAACAAUACAGAUGGAAGUUAUAUAUGCACCUGCCAUUCUGGAUUUGUAAAAUCUCAAGAUUCAUGUGAAGACAUAAAUGAAUGUUUAUAUAGCCCAUGUCCUAUGAACUCUGUUUGCCACAACUUAAAGGGAAGUUAUGGUUGUACCUGUAGAGAUGGUUACCAGGAAUCAAGUGGCGUUUGUAUAGAUGUCAAUGAAUGCAAGAACAACCCAUGUCCUGAACAUUCAAGUUGUUCGAACACUAAUGGAAGUUUUACCUGUACGUGUCUGACUGGUUACAUUAACACAGGAACAGAAUGCCGCGAUGUUAAUGAAUGCUUAUAUGGAAUCUGUCCGUCACAAUCGAAAUGUAUUAACACGGAUGGCAGUUAUACUUGUAACUGUACUUCUGGUUAUCAGAUGAUUGACAACCAUUGCAAAGAUUUAAAUGAAUGUCUGGCUUCUCCAUGUUCAGAUCAUACAGAGUGUAUCAAUACGAUUGGUAGCUAUGCAUGUAACUGUAUAACAGGAUUUCAGUUGCUUAAUGGACAGUGUCAGGACAUUGACGAAUGUAAGGAGAGCCCUUGUCCAUUGCACUCUAACUGUACCAACACAGAGGGAAACUAUUGGUGUGGAUGUCAUGAUGGAUUCUAUCAAGAGAAUGAUUUCACUUGUCUAGAUCUACAAAUAUUUGAGUUGGGGAUGAAGAUCACGAAAUUAAAUGAUAGUCAGGCUAUAUAUACCUCUGAUAUGCAAAAUACAUCCUCACCUGUGUAUCAGCAAUUGUUGAAACAGUUACAAAAUUCCUUCACACAGCUAAUGGAAUCCAAUUUUAUGAACACAACAUACAAAGACGUUGCAAUUCAUAGCAUACUGCCUGGUAGUAUUAUAGUGGACAUAUAUGUAUACUACAAAUUAACAACAAACGCUUCAGCAAUGGAUCUAUAUACAGCUGUCACUAACGGGGGCGGGGAUUUUCUGGAUUAUGGGAUUGAGUUCACAGCAGACAACUUGACGGUACAGGAUAUCAAUGAAUGCGAAAGUUCUCUGUGGAACGACUGUGACGUGAAUGCAGACUGUAUGAAUUAUGAGGGCCGUUAUAAUUGUACCUGUAAAACAGGGUAUUUGGAUAUAUCAGUUGAAAAAAGUCGGCCUGGACGUUUAUGUGGAAUAAUUGAUAAUAUCAAUGUCGAUCCCAUCAGUGAUGUGAAGCUUGCCUGUGAUAAGCAAUAUUACAAACUAUCAGACAUAGUUACAUGUACAGUAACGAUAACAAGAGGAUCAGAUGUAUCAUAUAACGUUGAUUUUGGUGACGGAACAAGUUCCAGCUAUACUGAUCCAGAGAUGUUGUCAUUCAUGUCACCAUGGACAUUUUCUCAUCAAUAUACGAAUGAAGGGAAUAUUACUAUAACGGUUAAUACAUCAAAUGCCGUCAGUCAUGUUCAAACCAGUACAUAUCUCAUCAUACAGAAAGUAGUUGCUGGCUUAAUUCUGAACACAACACAGCUUGAUCCAGUGUAUUCUGGAUACUUAAUGAUUGACAUCAUUUCUGCAGAAUAUAGCUACAGUAAUUUACUCCUCCAGAUAAACUUUGGUGAUGGUGAAAUCUUAAACCAGUUUGUUUCAGAAUUUCAACAAGUAUCGGAUUCUCAUUAUUAUGACGUUGGAACAUACAUUUUAAAAGUAAAUAUAUCUAAUCGUGUGAGUAUUCAGAUAAUAGAGGCCAACUUUACUGUGGAUGAAGUUGUCCAUGAUCUAACUGUGACAGCAAACUCGUAUGCAGUUAUACCAAACAGUGAUGUGCUUCUUACCAUACGGACUAGUAAUGGAUCAAAUUUAAAUUUUGACAUAUUUGUUAACGAUGAAAAUUAUGACACCGUAUACAUUAGAAAUGAGAAACGUGGAAUAACAUUAUUUUAUCACACAAUAUCAAUAAACGAAGUUGGGAUAUACAAUGUGUCUGUUGAAGCUUCAAAUAAUAUUUCUUCUGAGACGUUUACCAUGAACGACCAGGUGUACGUCGAAAAUGUGGUGCAGGAUAUGAUUUUAUCUACAGUUCCUGUAAUUGCUAAUCCACCUGGAGACAUAAUUCUAACAGUGGAUUACAAUGGAAUUAUAAAUCCACCAUCUCACGUGAAAUGCAAUGUUACGUUUGGAAACAUAUCUACGGAUAUAUUUUACGUAAAUCAGAUGCAAGUUGGUAAAUCGGAACAGUUCAACAUUAAAUAUGAUAAUGCCAGCUUCAUUGGGGAAGUCAAGAUAGAUAUGAACUGUUUAAACAAAAUAAGUCACAUGUCACUUACCACAUGGACUUCUCUACAACAACCGAUUUCCGGUAUAUCUAUUUACCACACCACACCGUACAUUCCAUCCGGAAAUUCUAUAGAUUUCAUGUUUAACAUUGAAAGCGGAAGUAAAGUAAAAUACAACUAUUCUAUAGGAGAUGGUACAGUUUAUUCGGAUAAUAUAAAUCGAGACUUUGUUAGUAAUUUUCAAAUAAAUAAAACUCAAACUUAUUUUCAAAAAGGAAAAUAUCAAAUAACAUUCCAUGCUAGCAAUAUUGUAUCUCAAAAGUAUGCAGAAGCGUAUGUUUGGGUGUUAGAAGCUGUGACAGGACUGAAAAUUACAAAAUACUUUUAUUUGUCGGAUUACAGCUCUGACGUAAGUUUCGGUUAUGGGGACGAGGAAAAUAUUUAUCCAACUGAACGAGAUAUAAUAUUUGAUGCCUCAACCGUGAGCGGAAACUAUAUUAAAUAUGUGUGGGACUUGGGAAAUAACGUUGUAAGGGAAACUGAAAAUCCUACCUUGACAUAUCAAUUUGUAAAUGGCGGGAAUUUUAAAAUUGUUGUAAACGCCAGUAAUCAACUGUCGCACAUUACUAGAACGUUCAAUAUGUCCAUUUACCAGACUGUCCUGAUUUCUACAUUAAGUAACAACGGACCUACAAAUGCAUUUGAAACUACUACUUUUACUCUUCAAUUAAGUCAACCUGGUACAGAAUCUUGCUAUAAAUGGGACUUGGGUGAUAAUUCACCAAUUGUUUUGUAUGGUGAGAAGAACUGUGAAGAUAUCGCAGCGUCAUUGAAUUACAAAUACAUGUACUGGCAACCGUCGUCAAGUCUUAUUCAUACGCAUAUGUAUCGUAAAAAUUCAACCUAUCAUGUCAUACUCACAGGUUCUAAUCUUAUUUCAUCUAAAAGUAUAUCAUCAAUGGCCAUAAUAAGUGGAAUAAGUUGUUUUUAUCCGGUUGUUCAUAUAAACGGAGGUGGACAAGAUAUUGAUGAACCAGAAGUCAUCCAAAAAUCACAAAGGAUAACACUAGAAAGUUCUGCAGAAGUUAAUUGUAAAGUUUCCCAGACGGUUUCAUAUCUUUGGAAUAUUUACAAAAUUAGCCAAGGAGAAACCUAUCAAGAUUAUAUAUUUGAAAACUACAAGAUAGACGAUUCUGUCGAAUUGAAUAACUUGAAUUUAGUUUUCAUACCAAGAAUACUACCGACUGGACAAUACAGAAUUAAUUUAAAUGUUUCAAUGACUGAAAUAUAUGGAUUGUCAGCUGAAGACUUCACCUACUUAGAAAUUAUACCAACUCCACUCAAGGUUAAAAUAAGCGGUGGCAACGCUAGAGUUGUUGGUUAUAAUCAAAUGCUGGUUAUGAAUGCAGGAGAACAAUCAUUUGAUCCAGAUAUUGAUGACCCCAACAACAAGACAGGAAUGAGAUUUAUAUGGAAAUGCCGACAGUCUACAAACGUAUACGAAGAAACAAUUUCGCAGAUUGAUAUUCCUGAAUGGGAUAUAUAUGUCAACAUGUCUAGACAGGAUGGUUGUUUCGGAACAGGAAUUGGCAUUCUGCCAUUUCACGAGUCACAACUAAAAAUAAGUACUUUGUAUUUAGAACCAAAUACAGAGAAUGUGUUUGAAGUAGAAGUGUAUAAAGAUGACAGAGUGGGUUCGUUUGAACAGUUAGUUUAUGUUGUUGAGGGAGAUCCACCAACGCUUAUUAUUAAUUGUCAUGUAAAUUGCAAAUCAAAGAUGAAUCCGUCUGGUGAAUUCACUUUAUCGGUCACGUGCGCUGAAUGUACUAACUACGAUAAAGAGGAGUACAAAUGGAGCCUUUAUCUGAAGAAUGAGACCUUAGGAGGUUUUUAUCCUGUCAAGAACCUAGAUGGUCUGACCGAAGCAGGGACAUCCUCUCAGGCGAUAAAAAUUAAACAGGGAUCCCUCAUUGGAGGAGAGAUAUAUCGAUUUAGAAUAGAUGGCAAAGUGUAUGGUUACGCUCCUAGCUUUACCGAAUAUGAAUUUAUAACCAAUCUGCCACCAUAUGGAGGAACUUGCAACAUUGAUCCAAUAUCAGGUUUCGCACUAGAAACGGAGUUUGAAAUACGUUGUAGCGGGUGGCUUAACCCUGGAGAAGAGGCUAUACAAGGACGUGGUUUGUUAUACAGAUUUUGGUCUCGUCCGCAGGGAUCUUUUGAUACGCAGCUUUUGUAUUACGGAAAAGAUUCCUUCACCCCUAAAAGCAAAUUUUCUCUUGGACCUGUAGACAAUGAUUUCUUUCAUGAUGUUGUAGUUAGAAUUUCCAAUCCUAUCGGAGAAUUUGUAGAGACAUAUCUUAAAGUGAAGGUAAAUGAACCCAUGGAAGACGAUGUAUCGGACCUUCUUACUCUUACUAGUGGAGAAUCUAAUCAAUUAAGCACACUGCUGUCAUCCGGUAAAGCACAGGAAGCUAAGCAACUUGUAGUAGCUGUGGCAUCACUGAUCAAUUAUUCACCCGUACUGAUAGGAGUUUCAAGAGCUUCACUUUUACAAAUGAUAACAGCUCCAAAUACGCCGCCAUCGACAGAUGGUAGUACAACAAAUGGUUGGUCGGACCAAACUACAACAUUGUUACCAGGGGACACGUCUAUCGAUCCCGGUAGUACUAUUGAUCCAGAAGAGGCAGAGAGAUUAAGACAAGAACAGGCCGCUGAAGAAAAGAAGUUAAGGACCGAGCUUCGAACGUCUGUUAUCAAAACGUUAUCAUUGGAAACAGAAAGCCCAACCCUGGACUCCCUGCAACAAACAGCUAUGGCUUUUCGUGUAAUUACUCACGAGAGUACAGAGAUAUCGGAGGAAUCACAGGGUGUUGCAGUUAAUGCAAUAGGGAAAAUGGCAGACACGUUCCAGUUAAUGGUGGAUUCCGAACAAACAGAAGCACAGGGUCAAAAAUACAGUACGGCUGAAGAUAUGAUUGCAACACUAGGAAGUAUAGUCAUUGCCGCUACAGGAGAGGAAAUUAUGAAUAUCUUUAAACAGAAUAUACUGGAAUCUUCUGGUAUCGACACAGAAUUUACUAUUGAACAGUUUACACAGGCGACAGAACCAAAUACUACAGAAUCAUCCUCAACUAUUAUAGCGGAGCAAAAGAAGGCAAAGGUUAAAGAAAUCGCAUCAAAAGUUUUGAGUGUAGCUGACACAAUAUACCAGUCUGUUAUAAAGAACCAGGCAACAGAUGAACCACCAGUUGUACUUCAAUCUCCACUACUAACAGUUCUGGCACAACGUAGUUCUAUAUCCAAAAUUAAUAACUCCAAUGUCGACGCUGUCGGAGGAUCGUUCAAAAUGCCUUCAUCAGAUUCACUUCUAUUAAACAUGGAAAAUUCAACAUACGUCGAUGUUAAGGUGCUAAGUUCGCAAACAAACCCUUAUAUAUGGGAUACUACAGCUAAAUACAUCAAUAGCGCCAUUGUGACCAUGGACAUAUAUGGAGACGAAGGACAACUGAUAAAUGUUACAAAUCUUCAGGAGGAUAUUGUCGUUGAUAUUUUGGUAGAUUCUUCAGCACUAAGUAUACAGACUUUUAGUCUAGAUGUUGAUAAUUCAGAUAGUUUGUUUUUUCAUUCUUUUAGCGUUCGUUCUAAUGAUAGUGUUCUUAGUAUUUUGAUCGAACCAGGUGAAAUCAACAGGAAAUUGGAAGUAUUUGUGAAAUUUGGAGAUUUCCCCUCUGUGAAUGAUCAUGACUGGAAUAUAACAAUCCCCCAUUUAGUUACUGAGACGUUAGGAGAUUUAGAUUUGUUUGAGGAAUUGUCUCACAGAGUGUUCUUGUCACAGGAAUAUGUACGACAAAAUGGAGAAGGUAUAUACUUCAUUGGAAUCAGAGGAGAAGUGAAUAUAACGGAAGAAGAUGUAUACGAAGAUUAUUAUGAAUAUUCGCUAGAAACAGAAGAACCAGUAAUUGUUAACUACACCCUAAGUUCUGUAACGUCGGGUUGCUAUUAUUGGAGUGAUAUGCAGGAUAAAUGGACGACCUAUAACUGUUCUGUCAGUCCAUUAUCAAACACCAACUUUACCAGAUGUCUUUGUAACCAUCUAACGUCAUUUGGUGUUGACUUCUUUGUUCCUCCAAAUGAAAUAGACUUUAAGUCCGUCUUCAACAACUUAGACCAGAAACUUAAGGAUAACUGGGCUGUUUUGGCAACACUGUGUGGAUUUAUAUUGAUGUAUAUUGUGGGUAUCAUAUGGACCAGAUACCAGGAUAAGAAAGAUAUCAUUAAGUGGGGAGUUUCACCUCUGAUGGACAAUAUUGUUCAAGACAACUACUGCUACCAAAUAACAGUGUGUACAGGAAUGAGGCGAGGGGCAGGAACCAGGUCACAUGUCAAUUUUAUUCUGGCUGGUGAUUUGAAGGAUACAGGUGUGAGACAACUAGAAGAUGAAAAACAAAUAAAGACUUUAUCCAGAGGAAGCAUAAAUCAUUACAUAAUGAGUGUCCCAGAAUGGCUAGGGCCUCUGACCUAUAUUAGGAUGUGGCAUGAUAAUACGGGGAAGGGGAGAAAUCAGGGAUGGUAUCUUAAUAAAAUAAUUAUCACUGACCUACAAACAAGGGAAACGUUUUUCUUUCUGUGUAACAAAUGGUUUGCCGUAGAAGAAGAUGAUGGUAUGGUUGAUAGGUUGAUACCAGUAGCAGGAUCACAAGAUCUCACAAGCUUUCAAAACGUCUUUAUGACAAAGACAAGGAAAAAUUUCAGUGAUUCACAUCUGUGGAUAUCUAUUUUCUCAAGGCCACAGAGAAGUAGUUUUACACGAACACAAAGACUCUCGUGUAUUCUAUCGUUAGUUUUCACCACUAUGGUGGCAAAUGCUAUGUUUUAUCAAGCUGAGGAAAAAGUUGCAAAUGUUGAGUCAUUUAAAUUAGGACCCCUUGAGUUUACAUUACAUGGGUUAUACAUAAGCGUUGUAUGUAGUUUUAUUGUGCUUCCUAUAAAUAUUUUAAUUGACUUAAUAUUCCGAAAAUCACGUCCAAAGGAAACAAAGAUUACAAAUGCAUUCAUGGGAAAUAUUAAACCAUUGAGAACACUGUCAGAAAUUAGAUUGAAAACAAGACAUUUUAAGUCUGAUGAUAUGUCUAUAAAAGAGGUAUCAAACUUUGAUAUUGUACCAGAGGAAGAAUCAGUACAUAGAAAUUGCCUAGAUGGUGAAGAAAAGAAAUCUAUUACUCAAGAGGCAUCGAACGAGCAUCAUCAAACAAUGAAACGCAAAGAAAAAUUUAAAUUACCUCAUUGGUGUGUUUACAUUGGUUGGGUGUUAGUUUUUAUAUCUGCUGGAGUUUCAUCGUUCUUUACGUUUCUAUACAGUAUGGAAUGGGGUAAAGAAAAAUCCUUAAACUGGUUAUCAUCUAUGAUUCUUUCAAUAUUUGAAUCGGUUACAGUCAUACAGCCAACCAAGAUUAUCGUCAUUGCUGUACUAAUUGCUGCAUUACUGCGCAAACCGGAUAUUGAAGAUGAAACAGACUUUGAUGAGGAUUCAUCUAAUCAUCCAAAACCAGAUGAGGAAUUGCUUCAUUCCUCACCAAAACGUGAAAUGCGACCAUCUUUACACAUUGAACCACCAGACCCUGAAGAAGUUGCAAAAGCAAGAGAAAUAAGGUUAAAAGAGAUGAAAAUGCACGCUGCAUUGAGGGAAAUUGUAUUUUAUUUUUUGUUUCUGACGUUGAUGAUAUUGGUAGCAAAUCAUAACAGAGAUACCAGAUCAUUUAAUGUAAAAGAUGCAAUUGUUCAAAUGUUAACAGUGGAACAAAACUUAACCAAGAUCCACAAAACAGAGGACAUAUGGAAAUGGAUAAAGUUGGAAUUACUGCCAAAUCUCUAUGUUUCUAAGCAUUGGAAUGGCGAUCCGUUGGGCUCUCUCGGGGACAGGAUUGUUUCAACAUUACAGUCGUAUAGAGUUGGUCCAAUAAGAAUAAGACAAGAACGAGUUAGGCCUGAAUCUUGUAAUAUUCCAUUUGUUAUUCAUUCUGUUCUGGGUGUCUGCAGUCUGGAUUGGUCAACCGAUGUAGGAGAUGAAAAAACUUAUAGUAAAGGCUGGUUAGCACUGUCAAUGGGAGUUACGUACGAUAAUGUACCAAAUUAUCCUUGGAAAUAUCGAGGUCUCAUGGAAAAUGAAGGCAUUCCAUUUAAGGGUAGUUUUGGUACUUAUCCUGGAGGAGGUUAUGUCGCAGAUUUAAUUGGAAAAUACGAUCGCGUUAAACAAACGGUAGAGGAAUUAGAAAAAUAUCAUUGGAUAGAUAGAUAUUCGAGAGGAAUAUUUGUCGAAUUUACUUUAUAUAAUCCAAACGUCAAUAUGUUUUCCAACAUAUUUAUAUCAUUUGAACAGAGUACUUCUGGAAAAAUGAUGCCAGAAUUUUUCUUGAAAACAUUUCGUUUAUUUUCCUAUAUUGGUGGCUACGGACUAUUUGUUGUGGCAUGUGAAAUUUUGACUGUAAUAUUUAUUGUUUAUUAUCUUGUACGUGAAAUAAGACAAAUACGAAACCAAGGCCGACAGUAUUUCAAAAGUUUUUGGAACAUUUUGGAACUAAGUAACCUGUUGUUAGCCAUUAUAAGUAUAGCCAUGUAUACAAUGAGACAUGCCAUUACCACCCUGGCAUUAAGAAGCGUGACGAAAUUAAGAGAUAGAUUUUAUAACUUCCAAAGACUAGCUAUGUGGGAUGAGAUAUUUGGAUAUCUCGUAGCUUUCACAAUUUUUGUGUGCAUAAUUAAACUUUUACACAUGUUUCGAUUUAACCGUAAGAUGUCUAUGCUUGCGGGUGUCAUUAAGAACUCAGCAAAUGAGCUUGCUGCUUUCUCGGUAGCAUUAACAGUUUUUAUGCUUGGCUAUGCUAUAUGGGGCUACAUGAUGUUUGGACCAAAGUUAGCUUCAUAUCGGACUAUGUUGGACUCUUUAGAGACUUUAUUGGCAUUUGCUUUGGGAAGUUACGAUUACAGAUCAUUGGAAGAAGUAAACAGAGUAUUUGGUCCGAUGUUUUUCUUUGCAUUCUUUUUUUCUGUGAUGUUUUUGCUGAUCAACAUUUUUGUUGCUAUAUUAAACGAAUCUAUAGCAGCCAUCAAAAAAGAUGUUUCAAAACAAAGCAACGAAUAUGAACUUGUUUCUUUUGUUUGGAACAGAUUUAUAGCAUGGACAGGAAUAAACUUCAACAGAAUACUCCAAAAUAUGAAAUUAAAAUAUUUCUUAAGUGAUGAAGACAUCAAAGAACUAGGAGAAUCUGUUGACAACAUCGAGGAUAAGUUGGAUGAUAUAUUUGUACGGCUUGACAACUUAGCAGCUGCAUGCACUAAAACUGAAAAUUCGUUUGGAGAGAGUAGUGGUCUACAACCUCCUGUCUUUUCCCACCUUUUUCCUGGGUCAUUUAAAAAACCGAUCACGUUUAAACAAGAGAAUUCAAUACAACAUCCUGUUUUCAAAACAGAAAAAUGGUAUGCACCAGAUGCUUCAAAAUGUUAAAUUUUGCAUCUAAUACAAAUCGAAAAUUACCAGAAAUAGAAGUCAUCAAAACAUGGAAUGUGCAUUGAGCUUUUUCUUUCAACGACGAUUGUGUAUCAAUCCACAGAAUUCAGUUUUGUUAACGUAUGUUAAAGUAAAUAUGUGUGCUGUAUGCAUAAUAAAUGCAACAAAUGUUCUAUACGCAUAAGAGUGAUAUGUAUUUCAUACAAGAACUUGAAUGCAAAUAUAAAUCUUUUGGGUCCUCAAACAUAUGACUUGUUAGUUAGAAAUAAAAAAAUGUUAUGUUUUAG